AAACCCCGUAGUGCCGAACAGCAGCGCCAUUCGGUAAUUGCAACAGUAUCCAAAAUGGCAGGAGCUGAUGGAGACGAUUCUCUUUACCCUAUCGCUGUUCUAAUUGACGAGCUGCGAAAUGAAGACGUCCAGUUACGUCUUAACAGCAUCAAGAAGCUGUCCACCAUUGCUCUGGCUCUUGGUGUAGAGAGGACUCGGACUGAGCUCCUUCCUUUCCUUACAGACACCAUCUAUGAUGAGGACGAGGUACUUUUGGCAUUGGCUGAGCAGCUUGGCAAUUUCACUAUGUUGGUGGGAGGACCAGAGUAUGUCCACUGUCUCCUGCCUCCCCUGGAGAGUCUUGCUACAGUGGAAGAGACAGUAGUCAGAGACAAAGCUGUGGAAUCUCUGCGAAAGAUCUCUCAGGAGCAUUCUCCAGUUGACCUGGAGGUUCAUUUUGAACCCUUGGUGAAACGGCUGGCCAGUGGUGACUGGUUCACCUCACGUACAUCAGCCUGUGGCCUCUUUAGUGUGUGUUAUCCACGUGUGUCCAGCACUGUCAAGGCUGAAAUCAGACAGCAUUUUCGCACCUUGUGCUCUGAUGACACUCCUAUGGUGCGCCGAGCUGCAGCAUCUAAGCUUGGGGAGUUUGCCAAAGUCCUGGAGUUGGAUUAUGUAAAAAGUGACAUAAUUUCUCUCUUCACUGCUUUGGCCUCAGAUGAGCAGGACUCAGUGCGGCUGCUUGCAGUGGAGGCUGGUGUCAGCAUAGCCACUCUGCUGCCUCAAGAGGAUCUGGAGACACUGGUUAUGCCAACCCUGCGCCAGGCAGCAGAAGAUAAAUCCUGGAGGGUCCGAUACAUGGUGGCUGACAAGUUCUCUGAGCUCCAGAAAGCUGUGGGGCCAGAGAUCACAAAGAACGACUUGGUCCCAGCCUUCCAGAAUCUUCUGAAGGACUGCGAGGCUGAAGUUCGAGCUGCUGCAGCCAACAAAGUCAAAGAAUUCUGUGAGAACCUCCCGGAAGAUAAUCGUGAGCAAAUCAUCAUGACUCACAUCCUGCCCUGUGUCAAGGAGCUCGUUUCAGACACCAACCAGCAUGUGAAGUCAGCCCUGGCUUCAGUUAUUAUGGGCCUUUCGACCAUCCUGGGCAAGGACAACACAAUAGAACACUUAUUGCCACUCUUCCUGGCUCAGCUUAAGGACGAGUGCCCUGAGGUGCGACUUAACAUAAUCUCCAACCUAGACUGUGUGAAUGAGGUGAUUGGCAUACGUCAGCUCUCCCAGUCACUGCUGCCAGCCAUUGUGGAGCUGGCUGAGGAUGCUAAGUGGAGGGUCCGCCUUGCCAUCAUAGAGUACAUGCCCUUGUUGGCAGGACAGCUGGGAGUGGAAUUCUUUGAUGAAAAGCUUAACACUCUUUGUAUGGCUUGGCUUAUUGAUCAUGUGUAUGCCAUUCGUGAGGCAGCCACCUGUAACCUAAUGAAGCUUGUGGAAAAGUUUGGAGCAGAGUGGGCUCAAAACACCAUUGUGCCCAAGGUGCUGGGCAUGGCCAAUGAUCCCAAUUACCUCCACAGGAUGACCACUUUAUUCUGCAUCAACGCUUUGUCAGAAGCUUGUGGCCAGGAGAUCACCACUAAGCAGAUGCUACCGGUGGUCCUGAAGAUGUCCAAUGACCAGGUGGCCAAUGUGCGCUUCAAUGUGGCCAAGUCACUUCAGAAGAUUGGCCCAGUGCUUGACAGCAAUGCCCUCCAAACAGAAGUGAAGCCAGUGCUGGAGAAGCUGGCCUCUGACUCUGACAUGGAUGUCAAGUACUUUGCCCAGGAGGCUAUCAGUGUUCUUGCCCUAGCAUAACCGACUUAACAUGGCUAAACCACAUACCCCCCAGAAACAAAAUCAAAACACUUUUGCAAGAUAUUUAUUGAUGUAUCAGGAACAACUGGUUAAUGUAUAGAGAAGCUGUUAAGAACUGUCCCCCCCCCCCCUUUUUUUUUUUUUUAAACUGCUGUCCACUGGUUGUCCAUGUCCGGGUAUAGCACAUGCUUCUGUCAACUGUCCUCUAUGCUGUAAAUGGCUGCUUUUAGAAAGUGUGAUUCAGCUGAAUUAAGUGGUGCAUGCUGACUAACUGUACUGUAUUGUACUUGCUAGGCAUUGCUAACCAGAACCCCUCUUACAUUCCUCCCUGGUACUUCCACCAUUGUACUUGAGCCAUUCGUUGCAGCAUCCCACGUCUGUGUUUGCUACCUGGAAUGGUAGCACAGACUCUGUGCUGCUGCACUUUUUCUCCCAGUGCUAGAUGGAAACUUUUACCUGCAUUUGCUGAGCUUCCUCCUGAAUCAACACUUUGACCACUCUUUUUCCCAGAGACACUAAUGUGGCUCUUCAUAGAAAUGAUUGAAAGUCUGUGCAGGUCAAGUAGGCGUCUUACUUUUUACUCUUCCUUUCCCUCUCUCCUCUGCUAUACUAAACCUGCUGUCUCCUAAAUGCUUUACAGAUUAGUAAUAUACAAAGCCCUGACAAAGAAAUAAUGGAGUGUCUAUCACUGCAUUUAAUCUAAUGAGCCUUCUCUGUGAUUGCAUGUACUUAUCAAUCUAACAUGGUGUAUUUUUCCAACUCCAUUGUCCUGACUACCGUGCCCUCCUGCACUGUUUGUUCUGUGCAGCAACACAGAUUGGAUUGGUCAAACAAAUUAAUUGCCUUGGCCCAGUGUAAUGGGGACCAGCUCGGUUUUAGCAUGUUGCUCAUAAUUAUUUCUCCUCCAAAUCCUCUGAUUUUCUUGUGGGGUGGAAGGCAGUAGUGGUGAUUUUCUGCAAUGUGUUUUCAGCAUUUCUUUUUAGUUUUGCCAACAACAAACAGUGGUGUUUUCUGUUUAGUUUGCCUGGGUAAACAGUUUUUGCAUCCCAUGUUCCUUAAAGAGCCCUUCUUUUCUGUAAAGGAUUCUUUUUCUGACGUUAAUGGAACAGUAAAAUAAAAUUGAUAACAGCAAUCUGGGGAGACAAAGCCACAGCACUUUUGUGCCACCUAAUUUUUCUUUUUUGUUUUUCUUUCUGUAAAUCCAUGCCAAGUUCUCUGUGCAUAAGGUCUGAAAGCAUACAAUUAGUGAAGGUCAAGGGGUUUUUCUAUUUAAAUCUGAGCUCAAACAUCUUUACAUGACAGAAAACAGGCAUGCUUUAAAAAUAUUGGAUUGGGGGAACCUGGAGCUAGUGUAUGUAAAGUUGCAUAAUGUUUUAUUGGGUGGGAGCUGGGGUGGUUAUGGGUGGCUGAAUAAAUGUAUCGUUUCUGUAAUAAGAUAAAAUUUUGUCUCUCUCUGAACUACUUCUGUUCCCUAAUCCCUCCUCUCAUUCUGUCCUCUUGAAUAAACCGCGAUUGUCGAUUGUCCUGAAUGACAAAGACUGCUUUAUUUUUAUUUAGAAUUUUCUUCACGGUUUGGAUGCUGUACUACUGUACCUUGAUCUGAAUAAAGUAACAAACUGUUA